GACUUAGAGUCUCCUCUGAUAGACAGACAGGAACCGCCAGGAUGCUGGCCGCCCGCACCGGAGCGGCGGGGAGUCAGACAGCAGAAGAGCACACCAAGUUAAGGAAACAGUCUGGGCUUUCCAUAGGGGGCAAAGACAAAUCUCCCAAGAAAGCCCCUGAAAAUGGGAAAGACAGCAGCCUCAGCCCCUCGGGGCGAAGCCAGCUCAGGGCGCGGCAACUGGCUCUGGUGCGCGAGGUGGAGAUGAACUGGUACCUCAAACUGUACGAGCUGUCGGGCGAGCACACGAGCGCCUGCACCACCGGCAUGCCCCACAGGAAUCUUGGAAAAUCAGGACUCAGAGUUUCUUGCUUGGGUCUUGGAACAUGGGUGACAUUUGGAGGUCAGAUUUCAGAUGAGGUUGCUGAACGGCUGAUGACAAUUGCCUACGAAAGUGGAGUGAAUCUCUUUGAUACUGCCGAAGUCUAUGCUGCUGGAAAGGCUGAAGUGAUUCUGGGGAGCAUCAUCAAGAAGAAAGGCUGGAGGAGGUCCAGCUUGGUCAUAACAACCAAACUCUACUGGGGUGGAAAAGCUGAAACGGAAAGAGGGUUGUCAAGAAAACAUAUUAUUGAAGGGCUGAAGGGCUCCCUCCAGAGGCUGCAGCUUGAGUAUGUGGACGUAGUCUUUGCAAACCGACCAGACAGCAACACCCCCAUGGAAGAAAUUGUUCGAGCCAUGACACAUGUGAUAAACCAAGGAAUGGCGAUGUAUUGGGGGACCUCGCGGUGGAGUGCUAUGGAGAUCAUGGAAGCCUAUUCUGUAGCAAGGCAGUUCAAUAUGAUCCCACCGGUCUGUGAACAAGCUGAGUACCAUCUUUUUCAGAGAGAGAAAGUGGAGGUUCAGCUACCAGAGCUCUACCAUAAAAUAGGAGUUGGAGCAAUGACAUGGUCUCCACUUGCCUGUGGAAUCAUCUCAGGAAAAUAUGGAAAUGGAGUGCCUGAGAGUUCUAGGGCCUCACUGAAGUGCUACCAGUGGCUGAAGGAAAGAAUUGUAAGUGAAGAAGGCCGAAAACAGCAAAACAAACUAAAAGACCUUUCCCCAAUUGCUGAGCGUCUGGGAUGCACACUACCUCAGCUAGCUGUUGCAUGGUGCCUGAGAAAUGAGGGUGUGAGUUCCGUGCUCCUGGGGUCCUCCACUCCCGAACAACUCAUUGAAAACCUCGGUGCCAUUCAGGUUCUCCCAAAGAUGACAUCACAUGUGGUAAAUGAGAUUGAUAACAUAUUGCGAAACAAGCCCUACAGCAAAAAGGACUACCGAUCAUAAGGCAGUGCAUGAGCCACGGGACGUGCACGGUUCAAACUGCGGUCUCUACUGGUACAGAAUGGCGUCACUAGCCAGUCUUUUGAGUCACUUAGCAGCCUGCUGCUCAACCUCUAGUAUUCCCGGAUUCUGAGGUAUCUGCUGUCGCUACCACUGUGCACCUGAAUUACAAGCACAUCUGAAAACUCACAACCAAGGAAAUCCAUUCUAUUUUCUUAUCUUGGACUGGAGUCAACUAUUCUUGCAUUGCUCUGUACACCUCAUGCUUAUGCCACAGGAAGUGUAUGAGGGGAGGACAAUUACCUUCAGGCAUUUAGUAACUUAAAGAAGGCUGUACAGAUGUAUUUUUCCCAAAAUGCAUAAAAUCCACAGAUGCAAUGUGGAUUGCAUCAGAAAGAGUAGGCUACGGUCACUCAGAAGUCGUGGGAGAAUAAGCAGAAACAACUUCACAUUGUUUGUUUCUAUUUCCACAUUGAGGUUAGCUAGAGUUGUUUCACUGGUCAUUCAACAAAACUAAAAUUCCAAGGUAUUUGCUUUCAUUACCUUUUAAAAAUAUUCACUGUUGCUUGGCCCCAAGAAUGGCCUGUAUUAUAAUUUACCUGAGGUAUCUAUUAGGAUUCUAUUAACACUAUGUCCAUUCACACAUUGAGAUGGUGAAAGGAUGAACACCCAAUCGUUAACUUGAAACAUUAUGCCUAAUUUAUGAAAGGGGGGAUUACACUGCUAUGGAAGCUUAGGCCUUGAAUAAAAUGUAAUAUAGCUACAAUUGAAGUGUUCAUUUUUGACUUCAUUUUAUUAAAACCUGCUUUAUACUUUUGACUGCUUGUAGGCACAGCUUCUGCAAGUUUAAAUAUUUGAGCUUUAAAAAUAAAUAUACACAUGCUCAGUUUUGUAAGUCAACCUGUAAAAUACCCAUAAAGGCAAAUGUUUACUGUUUAAUUAACACUGGGACUUUACAAUAGGAUGCUUGUUUUUGAGGAGUUAACAUGAAAGUGAAUCAUGGACUUUGUGAAAAAUGCUGUCACUGUUCAGCUUAUGCUGGGUGAAUUAACUUGCCUAGUAAAAAGCAAAUGUUAAAAAAUUUCCUGAUUCUAUAACCACAUUAUAUGCACUAAACUAAAUGCAUGAGAGCUCUCUGCAUGGAUCAAAGGGACCUAGCCCUGUUGCACACAGAAGCUGAGGGCUAACCUUGCCACUACUGACUGGUUACCUACCCUCAUGAAUAUUCCACUUGAAAAAAACUUUUAACAAUAUAUUGUGUGUACCUGUAAGGAGGGAAAACUUGGUGGCGGGGGGGGUCCUAUUUCUCUAUUUGGAUACCUGAGCAUGUACAAAAUACCAAAAUCACUUUGAGAUUUAAAGAAUAGACCAUCAGCUUAAAAUGCUAUUUUCUGCCACCAUUUCCAAAUACGUAUUUCAUGACUAAAUUCUAAAUCUUAAAUUGUUAGUGUGAAAUACCAAUAAAUUUUCUUUUUUGUUACUACUACCUGUAUUCUAAUAAGGAAACAGUUUGGGUUUUUUUGCCCAGGGGUAACAGGUUAAUGAUGGAUCAUCCUUCAGUUGUUCAUUGUGUAUUAAACCAGUGAACUACUGUAUGCGUAAAUGAGCUGAAGUUGUCUAAUUGGAACUGCGAUUUAACUUAUUUGCUUAGAGUAAUAAAAGCAUUUUGUGCAUUUAAUCUCAAUUAAAGGUUUUUAUCUGAUCUUUCAUUAUAAGGGAAUAUAUAUAUAUAUCCACCUCCAUAAAAUAGGCAGUAAGAAUCAUCUGAAUAAAAAUUAUGUUGGCAAGUAAGCAGCACUGAAUGAUACCCAACAGAAACACAGUAUCAAAAGAUUUCAGUAACAAUCCAAACUUUUUUCUCUUAUUAAUGAAGAAAAUGAUUAACUACUAAAGAUCUCUCUCAUUGGGUUUUAGAAAUACACUGCAUGCACUAAGGCUAAAGCUUCUCAAACUCAUUUAAAAACACCUGCAAAUUAAAACCAAAUGAAAAACAUUAUUGCUUACCCAUGGGAACUACUUUUUUAACAGAUCAUCUGCCACGGUAAACAUAUUAGAUUAGAAAUGUCAGUUAUAUCCUUUAGAAAAAUUUCCACGUACUCCCAUAUUCUUUUCUGGAAAGAAUUUCAUAGCAGAGAGCAUACCAUUCCGAAGGGUAACCUGGUUAGCAGUCAUCCACAUACUGUAAUCUCGGCCAGUGGAAAUGCAAACUAGAUGCUGUGUGCCUGGCUUCCCACUUGAAGAACUCAUCAUCAAUAGUAUACCAUUUGUCAGCAGACGUCACAGCUUCACCUUAGCCAGGGCCACCAUUCCUCGGCAAGUGAGGAGACCAGGCCUAAAACCCAAGUAUUCAGUGUUCCAGACCAGUGUUUUAAGGAUGCAUUUUAUGAAUUCUGUAGGUAAAUUUUUAAGUUAAAAAAGCUUGGGUUAAGAAUUCAAAUUCAGAAUUGGUUAAGAGGUGAAGGUCAGAAAAGAGAUGUCCUGAAAACUCAUGAAAGCCAAUGAGAAGUGAGUCUCUAACCACAUCCAUGAAAAUCUAAACCAACCACUCAAAAAAUCCUCCUAAUCUUCAAUUCAUUACCCUACCUGGGAGUCCAAAGAGGUGGGAUCUAAUCCCCUAGAGCCCAAACAGAUGGAUCUGUAGAUCAGUGCUAUGUCUCUGUAUCCUUUAUGGCUGCAGAAACAGCCGUGACUGGCACACAUACUGAAAACCCAGAAGUUGGGUGGGCCGGACAGCAGAGCAGGCACAUGUUGGCAAAGAGGCCUGACACGCUGCUCUGUCACAUAACCAUAUUACGCCCAUCACUGCUACAGACAUCUGAUCAGUAACUACAAAAAUGUGCAUUUACAUGCGUGGGAAAUUUAAAUGGUAAUGGCAAAU